CCGCUGAGCCGCCCCCGCGGGCACCGAGCGCACCAUGAGCCCCCUGCCCCUCUGGCUCCUGCUCUGGCACCUGCGGCACCUGGCAAUGGGUUAUCUGACCGUCAGCAUCGAGCCCCUGCCCCCGGUGGUGGUGGGAGACGCCGUGACCCUGAAAUGCAACUUCAAAACCGACGGGAAAAUGCGGGAGAUCGUCUGGUACCGGGUCACUGACGGCGGCACCAUCAAGCAGAAGAUCUUCACCUUCGAUGCCAUGUUUUCCACCAACUUUUCCCAGAUGGAAAACUACCGGAAGCGGGAAGACCUCGUUUACCAAUCCACCGUGCGCCUUCCCGAGGUCCGGAUUUCGGACAACGGUCCCUACGAGUGCCACGUGGGGAUCUACGACCGAGCCACGCGGGAGAAGGUGGUGCUGGCCUCCGGGAACGUCUUCCUCAACGUGAUGGCUCCUCCAACGUCCAUCUCGGUGCUGGCCGCGGACACCCCGGCACCCUUCAGCCGCUACCAGGCGCAGAACUUCACCCUGGUGUGCGUGGUGUCCGGCGGGAAACCCGCGCCGCUGGUGUACUUCAAGCGGGACGGGGAGCCCAUCGAGGCCACCCCGCUGCCGGAGCCGCCGGCCGGCGCCAGCAGCUGGGCCCCCCGCAACCUCCUGCACCGCGACCUGGACGACACCAAGCUGCCGAAAUCCCUGGCGGCCGACGGCGAGCCGGGAAUGGGAAACCCCUUCCCCACGGCGGAUCCCCCGCGGGGGCUGGCGGCCGAGCGGGAUUCGGUGACGGAGAGCAUUCCCGAGACGGUGGUGAGCCGGGAAUUCCCGCGCUGGGUGCACAUGGCGGAGCCCAUCUAUUACUUCCGGCACACGCACGCGCCCGUCAGCGACGGCACCGUCGAGGCCCGCGCCACCCUCACGUGGACCCUCAACCCCCAAAUCGACAACGAGGCUCUGUUCAGCUGCGAGGUCAAGCACCCGGCGCUCUCCAUGCCCAUGCAGUCCGAGGUCACACUCGUUGCUCCCAAGGGUCCGAAGAUCACCAUGACCCCGACGAGGGCGCGCGUGGGGGACACCGUGCGGAUCCUGGUGCAGGGAUUCCAGAACGAGGUGUUCCCAGAGCCGCUGUUCACCUGGACGCGGGUGGGGAGCCGGCUCCUGGACGGCAGCGCCGAGCACGACGGGAAGGAGCUGGUUCUGGAGCGGGUCCCGGCCGAGCUCAACGGCUCCAUGUACCGCUGCACCGCCCAGAACCCGCUGGGCUCCACCGACACCCACACGCGCCUCAUCGUCUUCGAAAACCCGAAUAUUCCCAGAGGACCAGAGGACUCCAACGGUUCGCUUCCCGGCCACCGCGGCUUCAGACUGGUUUUGGCGCUCACCCUGACAGUGAUCCUGGAGCUCACGUGAAGCUUCACCACCUCUUCCUCCUCCUCCUCCUCCUCCUCCUCCGUCCGGCUCCUCUCGGCAUUCCCGCCUCCAUCCAUCCCACUCUUUUUUUUUUUUCUAUACUCUCGACAGUCUCGGUCUCUUUCCGUGUCUUGGC